UUUCAUUUGAACUCUCUCAGCUCCAACAUGAAGAUUUUCCUUUUCGCCGCUCUUGUUGCCGUUGCUGCCGCUGGUGGAGUAUACCAAAACGACCUCUACGCCAAAGGUGAUGGUUACCAGCCGAUGAACUACGGUCAGGGCUACAAAAAGGACAACAAGCAAGACUACAACAAUGAUUACAAUCAAAACAAGAAAGAUUAUUCUGGCCCCGACUAUUAUGCGUCUCCACAACCCUACGACUUCGCCUAUAAAGUAAAGGAUGACUAUACAUACACCAACUUCGGCCAACAAGAGUCUAGUGACGGCUAUGGAAACGUUAAGGGAUCCUACUUCGUCUAUCUCCCCGAUGGCACAACUCAGACCGUCAACUACAAGGCCGAUUCUUACGGAUACGUUGCUGACGUGCAAUAUACCGGAGAACCCAAGUACGGCGACAACUAUGCUCCGGCUCCGUACAAGGGUUCUUCUUCUUACCCUUCACCCAAGCCCUCAUACAAGGCUCCUUCUUCUUACCCUUAUCCUACCCCCUCAUACAAGGCUCCUUCUUCUUACCCUUCACCUACUUCCUCAUACAAUGUUCCUUCUUCUUACUCUGCACCUACCCAUUCAUACAAGGGUCAAUACCCACCAAUGUACCCAUCUACUCCGUACAUGACGGAUAAAUACCCAACUCCCUCAGCUUAUCCAACGACCUCUUAUCAAAACGAUUACGAACCAUCCAAAAGGUACUGA